CUCGUCCUUACAUCUCUUCACGUACAUCUCUCUCCCUUCUUCUCUCCUUCUCCCGUCCCCCCAGUCCAUCCGCUAUCUACGAUCCUCCACGACCCGCGACGCCCGCCAUGGAUCAGCACCAGCAGCAGCCCCAGCCCAUGCAGCACGAUGACUCCCAAAACUUCGUUACGGCCCAGUACACCAUGUAUCCCUCAUCAGAGGACGAUACCACGGGCUACCUCGUGUACCCACAGAUGCAACAGCCCACCUACCCGCCUGUCGUGCAUCAUCCUGGCCCCCCUCCUCGGCAAAUCUCCGAGAGCGACCUGCAGCAAGCGAUGCAGUACCAUCGUUCAAUCCAUAUGAUGCCCCAAACGCAGCACUUCGUACCUCCCGCGCCUGGCGUAUACCCUGCCCCUUCGCCUCAUGGCGUUAUGCCACCCUCCGCGUCCCCUCCCCCGCAGUCCCCAAAUAUGUACGACCCUCUGUCUCCCCCCAUUUCCGGAUCAGACACGUCCGCCGACGGCAUCUACCAUUCAAGGAACAGUAGCGCAAGUGGUUCCCCCUCUUCUUCCCGUGGAAACAGCCUCGUACACCGCCAUCCGCUUCGCUACAACCCCACCCCAUCCCCGACCAGCAGCUCUGGGCGCCGGAGCCGAGGUCACUCAAUAUCAGACGACGACGAUCGGCAUCCAAUGGGCGGCGUUAACAUGGCAGAGAGUCUCGCGAACACGAGAAAGGAAGCGACGAGACGGCAGCGGAUCGAAGCCGAACAGAGACGUCGGGACGAGCUUCGCGAUGGGUACGCGAGAUUGAAGGACGUCCUCCCCGUGUCCAACCAGAAAAGCAGCAAGGUCUCCUUGUUGGAACGAGCGACGAACCAUAUCGUCAACCUGGAGAAAACAAACCGCUCCCUACAGCAGCGCCUAGCGGCUUUGGAGGCGGAAGUCACUCGACUUCGCUCUUUAAACGAGAAGAUCUCGCUUGGCGUAAACAACACGCCGUCGCCGGGACAGGUCAACAUGGACAGCCGCCCUUUGUCGCCGCCGCCCGAAGGAACCCAGUCACAAGCAUCGGGUAUCGACCAGCCCGUCGGCGAGUCGAGCCCGUCUGCCUCGGAAAGCGGUUAUUGACCGGUCUUGCGAUCGGUCCCAUCUUCUCUUGCUGCAUCUCGGACAUUGCUCUCUCCCUUCUCCUGCUGUCUCUUUAUCACCAUCCCAUCUCCUAUCAACUUUUUAGUCCUUGCUUGGUUUCACGAUGUCCAUACUUGCCUUCUCGCUUCCCUCGCUCUGCUUGCAGACUCAUGCUGCCUCCUGGAAGAGCAGCACUGGUCACUGAGGGAGGCCUGCCGCGCUGCGCCUCCAGAUACGAAGUCGAAGACAGUGAGGUCGAGCUCAAGGGUGCUGAGGAUCGUCUGCAGCGCCCGGCGCGCUCGCCUUGACGUCCUUAUCGCUAUCCCUUGCCAGCCUAUCCUCCAAGAGAGCCCUGCCGCUCGAAGCUGCAGGCUGGUGCACGGCGAUAACAGCUCGUGUGCGCUCCGGGUGUCCUUCCGAUGUCGCUGGUGAGGUAUUCUCCCAGACAUCGUUGAUUGACCCCGAGUGUUUCGCUCGAGCUUCACGUGCUGUCUCGUCAAUUCGCUUCGGACUCUGGCGGAGAAGGUCACCUUCGUAUGUCGGUCGGUGCGGCCGCGCCAUCUGGCUACAUCCAACUGACGCGACCUCUCGCCGACGCAAGAUGCGCUACUCGCCUAUGGAUCAUCGCAAUCUCUUAGAAUGAAAAAGGAUGCUACGUUACCUGGCCUCACCCGCGUUCCACCCCACCACUCCCACACGAACUCACCGUGCCGCGACCCACAUCUCCUCCUCUCUUCCCGUCUCAUUUAUCAUCAAUCUUGUACUAUAUCAUACUUAUCGGGCUCUGGACCGCGCGAUGGCCAAUCACGAAGGAUACGACCGGCGACGAAACAAUACGAACACGCUUCCCACACCUGCGCUCGCGGACCGAGUCGACAGCUCCCCGACACCCGACCCCGACUCCUCUCUUGGACGCUUCUAUGGGAACCGACUUGUACAUAUGGCGGGAACGGGGCUAUUAGUUAUGACGGCAGAAUGAUUGGAAGGGGAGGCUGCCCGCCUUCUCAUCGGGGGCGGGCCGUGUGUCGACAUCGGCCGUCUCGCGCGCGCUGCGGAGGCGACGCGUGAGGCGGGUGUCGUCUGGAGAGGGUGAUAUAAGGAGGUUCUCGGAGCCCCGUUCCCGUCAACCUUGCAUGACGGACUGAGCAGUACGUUGUACCCAUAGUAAGGCAUAGUAGUAGUCGACUUAGUCUGUGAGCUGCGCGAUCUAUCAAGUCAUUUUGUAUCCUUCAUCCAC